UUCAUAUAUUAACAUAAUUAGGUAUUGUAUGGUGUUGGUAUUUAUUAGUUUCAUUUGAACAGUGCGCCUAUGUAAUCAUACAGCAGUUUUUUAGUUAUCAAAUUUAGACUAUAUCAAACGAUAUAUUGUAUAUAAAAUAAACGAGUAAAUAUAUUCUUUCGAACUUUAGUCCAUUGUGUAAACAUACCAGUGUAAAAUGUAGAUAAGUAAAGGCUUUAGUGGUGUAGAACCUUAUCAAUAUUAUCAUAUGUAAAAAGUAACCUUUGUACUGUACUAAAGAAUGUUUAGUUUUAAUCUUAGCCUUUCGUUUAUUGUGGUAUUGCUGUCAUUACUCAUAUCUUAUGUCUUUGUCGCGUUGAACAAUAAUUCAGAUAUGAAAAUGGGAAAAAAUGGUUUAUUGUUUGUGUCAAAUGCUGCAAAAGCGCACAAUUAUUGCUUGAAGGCCUCACAGUUUGUUCAAAAAGUGCUGUACAUAAAGAUAAAUGAGAAUUCUCUUAACACCUUACCAGUUCUUAGUAGCCAGAUAUCUAAUAUUUAUACAAGGACAUCUUCAUAUUCCAAAUUAGAUGUACGACUGAUAAUUAAACCUGUGGAUAGAGUUAAAAAUAUUAGGACAUACUAUCCCAUAGACCUCUUACUCUAUGAUAAUGAGCUAUCCUCAGAGAUUGAAAAGCUGAAGAAAUCAGCGGAGAGCCUUAAAACUGACUAUCAGAUACAAAGUAUUGAACAAGAUGGCGAACUUGAAACUUUCAAUGAAGAGCCUGUGAAGCAAUAUGAGUAUGUGGCACUGGGUGGCACAUUCGACCGGCUGCACAAUGGGCACAAAAUACUGUUAUCACAGGCCGUGCUGCGCUCGACCAAGCAUGUCACUGUGGGGGUUACUGAUGUCAACAUGAUUCAGUAUAAACGUUUUAUUACAGCCAAAAAGCUAUUUGAAUUGAUAGAACCGACGGAAACGAGAAUCAAAGCUGUGUUAGAUUUCCUUACUGAUAUAAAUCCCGACCUAGAGUACAAUGUGCUGCCCAUACAUGAUUUGUAUGGACCCACCAAAGAUGACCCUAAAUUUCAGCUAAUAGUAGUAAGCGAAGAAACCCAACGCGGCGCACAAAAAAUCAACGAAAAGCGACAAGAGAACGGUCUGCCAUUAUUAGACACUUACGUCAUCGGCCUCGCACAGGACUCGAGUCCGCAGCGCUCUCACGAAGAGGAAGAGAAAGUGAGCUCCAGCAACCAGCGGAUGCGGUUACUGGGAACUAUGCUGAGGCCGCCUGUUGAAAACAAAAAUAUACCCGCGUGGCCUUACGUGAUCGGACUGGCUGGUGGCAUCGCCAGCGGAAAAAGCAAUAUUGCAGAGAAAUUAAGGUUAAAAGGCGCCGCCAUUGUGAACUGCGACCUGAUAGCUCAUGACUUGUACAAGCCAGGGCUUCCGCUGAAUCAGACCGUGGCCGAUGCCUUCGGGAGAGACAUUAUUACGGACAGCGGCGAGGUGGACCGGCGGAAACUGGGGCAGAUCGUAUUUAGUGAUAAGGACCAAUUAGAAAAGUUAAACCAACUUGUAUGGCCUGCAGUGAUCGAGGAGGCCCAGAGAAGGGUACGGGCUCUCGGGCAGGAAGGGUACAGGGUGGUGGUGAUAGAGGCGGCCGUGAUGGUGCGCGCCAAGUGGUACACCCAAUGCCACCAGCUGUGGGCCGUCAUUAUACCGCCAGAGGAGGCAAUCAAAAGACUACAAGAGCGCAACGGCCUCACAGAAGAAGAAGCGAGACAACGCAUAGAAUCCCAGCCUUCGAACCAAGAGCAAGUGUCGCUAGCUAACAUAGUCUUCAGCCCGUAUUGGAGCUACGAGUACACGCAGAUGCAGAUCGAUCGCGCAUGGCAACACUUGCAGGAGUUAUUGGACAGCAGAAAGUGUAACUGCUAACAAUAUGUUGUUAAUCCUUUGAACGCCACGCCUAAGAGCGUUUUCACAUUGUCCGAUCCGAUAUCGGAUGUCUAUCUAUCCGCGUAGUCGGGCCACGGCGGCGCCGUCUUUAGCGUGACCGCUACAACAUUAUGCCUACACAUACGCACACCAACAAAUAUUAUCGGUACGACAGCUGACGGGGGCUCCAACAUGGCUGAAUUUAUCGGAAGCGCCUUUCCGAUAUCGGAUGCCGGAAGGCGCCUAAGACAAAAACAGCUGCAGGAGAAUGCCAUUGGCAUCAAGUCCGCCUUUUUUGCUUUGUCUAUCGUUGCUUAGUGAUAAUGUUUUUUUUUAUAAAUAAAUACAGAGAAACACAUAUUUCUUACAUUUUACUUCAUUCCGACAUCCGAUAUCGGAUCGGACGUGUGAAAACGCUCUAACACGGGCGUCGCGUCAACGUGAACCCAUUUGUUACAGAAAUGUGUAAGAUUUCGAUGAUGGUUACCUUUUGUGUAAGGAAUUCGAAUAUGCCUCAGACAAUUAACAGUUGAUAUUUGAAUUGAUUCGGAACCAUAGACAAUCUGUGCUCUGAAUUGAGACCCGUUGUGGACAUAUUUUACAGGCAAUAAUAGAAAUUUAAGGAAAUGCCAUGUUAUACAUAUGUAUUUAUUGUUUAAAGAAAUUAUGGUUCGUUUAUUUAAUGUAAGUAUCAAUGUUUUGGAGUUCAUUUUAAACAUAUCGGUGGGUGGUAAAAAAACAAACGCUAUUGCUGUCUUUUACUAGCGUAAUCGUGCCUAUACACUUUAUCUGAUAAUGUCUCCAAAUAAAUACGGCGUAAAUGAAUAGUUACCAUUAUUACGCCAAUCUCUGUCUAUCAAUUCUAUCAUACUUAGUACUUGGGUACUUGUAGUAAGAAACAAAUGCACGACAUGCCUUUUCAUCACACUCGCUCAGUAAAUGUGGAAUUGCACGCAGGUUUAGCGGGAGUUAUAGAAAAAGCGUUCUCCCUAGGGAGUUAUGAAGUUUCUAGUGCCAUACUUAAGAG